AUGGGUGAUUCAUUAAGGAAGAAACUUAAUGGACACAGAUUUAUCAAGGCUGUUACAUCCUGUGGUAGAAAAGUCUUGUACAAGAUUUUCCUCUUGGGGACCCCGGAUAAACCCUCUGACAUGAAGCUCAGACAAUACUUGAUAAACUCACAAAGAGAAAAUGUACUGAAAUUUUUUAACAGCACUCAAAAGAAAAUGAUUGAUGAGAAUGCAGAUGGAUCAAAGUUUGAUGUGUCACUACUGUUUGCCAGCAUCAAAGUAGCGUGUAAGGAUGUAGCUGCAUACCAUGAUCCAGUAUGGUCUACUGCAAGUACUCACAUGGAGUACUAUAUUACUGCUGUUAAGAACAUGAGGAAUGAUUGUCUUCACGGUCAACUUAUAAUUACUGUUAAAGAUUAUCUUGAAAAUAUGACGAAACUACGAGAGUUGUUAACUGGUUGUCUUGAGACAUCUGGAGAGAGGUAUGUGAGAGACCAGAGUGAAGUGCAGCAGGAGAUCCAGCAGAUGAAUGUUGACCUGGAUAACAUCAUGAAGGAAAUUCUUGGAAAGGAAGACUUACUAAAAUUUUGUGGUAUUGAAAUUAAAAGUCUCAUGAUUAAUGACAGUCGUGUCAAACUUAAGGAGAUCUUCCAGAGUAUCAGCUACGUCAACCCGGUGUCUUUUAUCACUAGUAACUUGAAACUUGAAGUUGACAAAAUCUUUGUAGAUAUUGAGGUCAAACAUGGACAACGUGGAGGUCAAGGUCAACAUAUAAGUUAUAAACACCUUCUUAAACUUAUUCAGACUACACAAGUAACAACUUCUACAAGAAGUGCUUCACAACAACAAGGUACAUCUACUCCCCCACAUAUAAUACUGGUUGAAGGUGUGGCUGGCAGUGGCAAGACUACUCUAGUGACGUUAGUAAUAGAUGAAUGGACUAAGGGAGGUCAAGGUAAUAUUAGUGACUUAGAUAAUUACGAGCUUCUACUGUGGGUACAGUGCCGGGACCCAACAAUGACCUGCUACCAGCAACUCCUGGACAGACUGAUGCCAGAAGUUGCUAUAAAAUUCAAGGAUAUUCUUCCGAAACUGAUGAAGCUUUGCAGGAUCUUAAUUAUAAUUGACGGCCUUGAUGAAGACAAUGACAGUUCUAGAAGACUUGUCCAGAGUCUAUUGCAAGAAUUUAAGUACUGUUCUAAUAUUGCUUUUCUGUGCACUUCACGACCAGAAAAAGUUGAGAACUUUAGGAGAACAAUCCCUGCAGAGUAUACUGUGCAACAUGCAACACUGCAUGGUAUAUCUAGGACAAAUGUGGAACAAUUUGUGCGUCUGAACCACCAGGAAAUAACCAAACAAACAGGGAAGAACAGAAAUACUGAAGAACUAGUAACAAAGAUAAGAAAGUUACAAGGACUUCAAGAACACUUAAGACUACCAAUGAACUUGAUUCUUAUGAUAUACAUCUGGGACCAAGACCCUGACCAGCUAAACUUAACAUCUGUCACUCACACGGAGCUAUAUUAUAAUAUUCAUCAACUGUGUAAACACAAGUUAAUACACAGACUGACCAACCAUCAAGAUACAAAGAAUAUGGAUGACAGGAAACUAAAGGUUAACAUUAACAAUGUUUUGAUAACAAUAUACAAGACAGCGCUAGAAAGUCUUUCACGUGAUCAGAUAAACCUUGGGGAAGAAACUGUAGAUAAACUGAUAUCUACCUGUGAUAAACUGUGUUUACCUUAUAAAGAAGUGUUGUCAGCGUUCCUUUGUUUAAGACCAACAUGGACGAUGCUGGGCAUCAAGGAGCAGUACUCAGCUCCUCACAAGGGUAUACAAGACUACUUCGCUGCUCUCUAUAUUGUCAACAUGCUUAACAACCCACAGUAUUCUACACCUACACCUGCCUCAGCUACACAUGCCACACCUGUCACAGUCAGGGGAGUGUUAGAAGACAGCACCAGGUCAGGUGUGGUAGACAUGAACAAGUACCAGAAUGUUCUGAUACAUGUGGCUGGGCUGUUGCACCUGGUACUGGAUCAGGUACCUGAGACAGCUGCACAGGAAGUGGUUCAUCUCCUACAAGAGUCUGGUGUGAGAGACAACAACGAGUGGCUCGACCUCCUUGACAACACUAACAUGUCUCCAGUAAUUGUCAGAAAAAUAUCUGGCGUGUUUGACACUGGAGAAACAAUUGACGUACGUAAUGAAUGUGUGAGAAGCUACGCUGCUCUCCUGCCACACCUCAGCUGCUGCGAGGUGAGGUUUGAUAUCCAUGGUGACCAGCCUCACCUGCUUCACCUGCUGGCUGCCCUCACCCACCACCACUGUACACACCUGCAACUGUGGCACCACUACGAACAUGCUGACACUACCAACACUUCAGACAACAUUCUACAACUUCUACCACAUCGUCUUCUGCCCCAGUCUUCUGCCGCACAUUCUUUGCGCACACCUUCGCGCACAGUUUUCUGCUGCACAUUUUCUGCCGCACAGUCUUCUCCCGCAAGUCUUCUGCGCACAGUCUUCUGCUGCACAGCCUUUCUGCACAUUUUCGCUCACAGUCUUCUGCUACACAUUUUCUGCUGCCAGUCUUCUGCUACCCCAGUCUUCUGCUACCUCUUCUGCCGCACAUCUUCUGCCGCACAUCUUUGCUGCAAAGCCUUCUUUGCACAGUGUUUUGGGGCACAGUCUUCUGCCCGCACAGUCAUCUGCCGCACGCCUUCUGUGCCACCUUCUGCUGCCAGUCAUCUGUGCAAAGCCUUCUGCUCACGCCUUCUUUUUGCACACCUUCUGCUACACAGCUUCUGCUACACAUCUUCUGCGCACAGUCUUCUGCUCACAGUCUUCUGCUACACAGUCUUCUGCUACACAGUUUCUGCUCACAGUUUUGUGCUACACAGUCUUUGCUACACAGUCUUUGCUGCACAGUCUUCUGGCAAGUCUUCUGCUACACAGUCUUUUACACAGUCUUUGCCGCACAGUCUUCUCUGCACAUUUUCUGCGCAAACCUUCUGCGCACGCCUUCUGCUGCCAGCCUUCGCGCACAGUCUUCUGCCUGCCAGUUUUCUGCCGCACAGCUUCGCCGCCCAGUUUUCUGCUUCACAGCUUCUGCUGCACACCCUUUGUGCCGGUCUUCUGCUACACAUCUUUGUACACAGUUUUCUGCUGCCAGCCCUUCUGCUGCACAGUCUUCUGUACACAGUCCUCCACAGCUUCUGCUGCACAGUUUCUGCACACAGUUUCUUACCAGUCUUUGUACACGUCUUCUGCUGCACAGUCUUUGCUGCACAGUCUUCUUCUGCACAGUUUUCUGCUACCAGUCUGCUGCACAGUUUUCGCUGCACAGUCUUCUGCUACACAGUCUUCUGUGCAAGUCUUUGA